CCUCGCCCGCCGGCACACCCGCUCUCACACCCGCUCCACUCGCACACCUCAGGCGCACGCCGCCAUGGCUGCGCAGCCGCCGCCGCUCGGCUGGGCCUGGGCGUUCGCCGGCAGCUUCGUGUACGACGACGAGGCGUGGAGCGGCGGCGACUGGUCUACGACGGGCCUCCGCGUGCUCUCGUUCCUGCCGCUCAUCGGUGCUGCACUCUUCGUGCGCGCCGUCUGGGUCCGUCGCGCAUCGUUGGCGCGCACUCUCGCUGUGCUGGAGCUGGCGGCUCGCAUCAUUGCGGCGCACCCUGCGCUGCUUAUCCUCAGUCUCGCGCAGCUCGGCGUCUUUCUGCUGCUCUCCAUUCCGCUUCUGUCGAUCUUUGCGCGCCUCUUCCUCCUCGGCCACUUUGGCGUCAAGCACGGCGAGAGCCAGGAGUGGAUCACCAACGCCGGCGCGCGCUGGCUGGCGUGGGCCACGCUCGGCGCGUGGCUGUGGACGUGGAGCGCCAUGCGCGGCGUGCUGCGGGUGACCGUCGCCGGCACCGUGUCGCACUGGUUUUUCCACGGCGACGGCUCGAAGCGGGCCGCCGAGGCGCGCUCCACGGCCGUCGACUCGGAGUACGAGGCGGGUGAGGACUCGCUGCCGGGGCCCGCGCCGGGCGACUGGCUCGGCACGCAGGACCCGUCGCCGCUCGAGCCGACGCAGCUCGAGAUUGUGCGUGCGUCCUUCUCGCGCGCGACGGGCCCGGCGCUCGGCACUAUCUGCGCCGCGGCGCUGGCGCUCGCCAUCGCCCGUGUGGGCAUGCUCAUUGCGGGCCUCGCACGCCGCACAAGCCGAGCGAUCUCACACCCGCGCACGCCCGACUUUUUGCAGCCGCUUGCUGCCGGCGCUGCGCUGCUGGCAGGCCUCAGCGCCGUGCUCAGCGGCAUCUCGGACUUUGCGCUGAUCUACGUCGGCGUCACGGGCGAGGGCUUCGCCGCUGCAACACGCCGCUCGGCACGCCUAGUGCGUGGCCGUGCGGUCAAGAGCGUCAUGGACGGCCUCAUCAUCCACCUCCUGCUCGACCUCAUGACGCUCGCCCUGUCGUUCCUCGCGGGCGUGGCCGGCUUUCUCUUCAGCGCCCACAACCUGCAUGUGCCUGCCGACGCGCCGCUCGUCGGUCUGCUUUGCGCGCUCGUGCCGUACUGGACGCUGCGGCUGUGCAGCGAUGUGCUCGGCAAUGCCGCCGAUACGCUCUUUCUCUGCUACUCCAUCGACGAGGCGGGCGGCGAGGAGCACUGCAAGGAGGCUGCCGACGCCUUCAAGAAUGCCGACGAGACGCUCCCGUUCUGACGCGCCUCUGUCGAUUCCCUGCUCCGGCCUGUCUGUCCCAAUCUAUACCUUGCGCAUCGAGUCGCCUGCAGACGUGUUGGAUCGACUGCUUUUAUUCCGGAGCGGCGCGGGUGUGCCGCGAGGCGGUGCCGAGG